GUGUUGCGCAUGCGCUCGUAAUCACGAAGCUGUCGAUCCAAAAUGGCGCUGUGACAAAAAUUUGAAACGACGGAUUUUCUGCAAUAUUGACCGAAAAACAGCGAAUAUCACCAACCUCUGUCAACGUAGACCGACGAUUUUUACAAGCCCAUACUCCCAAGCACGCCACCGCCGCGUUUCAAGGAAAAGUCACCCCAGUUCUGUCUGAAAAUUCGUGUCCGGAAGUGGAGAUACCUGUGGCCCCAAGAUGUCGUCCUUCGGUAGCAACAAGGGAGAUGACCAACUCGAGUGCCCGCUGUGCAUGGAGCCGCUGGAGAUGGAUGAUGUCAACUUCUUCCCCUGCACGUGCGGCUACCAGAUCUGCCGCUUCUGCUGGCAUCGGAUCCGCACGGACAAGAACGGGCUCUGCCCCGCCUGUAGGAAGCAAUACCCUGAGGACCCAGCAGAGUUCAAGCCCCUGUCACAGGAGGAGCUGCAGAGGAUAAAGAACGAGCGUAAACAGAAGGACCUGGCCAGGAAACAGAAGAUCUCCGAGAGUAGGAAACACCUGGCUAACGUCAGGGUUGUGCAGAAAAACCUGGUCUUCGUGGUCGGGCUGUCUCCAAGACUCGCAGACCCCGAGGUGCUGAAGAAACAUGAGUACUUUGGGAAGUUUGGGAAGAUUCACAAAGUGGUUAUCAACAACAACACAUCAUAUGCAGGUGCUCAGGGUCCUAGUGCAAGUGCGUACGUCACGUUUGUCCGUUCGGAGGACGCGUUGCGGGCGAUACAGACAGUCAACAACGCGCACGUGGACGGGAGAACGCUGAAGGCAUCGCUAGGCACGACAAAGUACUGCAGCCACUUCCUGAAGGGUGCUCAGUGUCAGAAACCUGACUGUAUGUACCUGCACGAACUGGGGGAUGAGGCUGCCAGCUUCACCAAAGAAGACAUGCAGAUGGGUAAACACCAGGAGUAUGAGCAGAAGUUACUGGAGGACCUGUACAGGAGUCAGUCAGGACAGCUCAGCACACCAGCCCCUGCCGCCACACCCGCAGUCGAGAAAAACAGAUUAAACAACACGGAGAAAAGUAAAGCUAACGCUGCUUCCCUCCCCAGGAAAAUAUCCCCCUCCCCUCCCACCGUUCAACCCACGAAAGGCGGACCCACAAAAGACCCCUGGCCAACGUUACAACAGACCAACAAACCAAACGACAGAGUCAUAGGAAGCAGUGCAAACGGGAUAGGCGGGGGGCAGCAAGCAACCAAUCAGAAACCUCCAGACAUCCUCAGACUGCAGUCCGACGGCCAAUCAAACGACCCGUUCCACAGCAACUCCAAAGAGAUUUUACCCCCCUCCCUCCUCCCCCCCCUCACCCCGCCCAAGCUGGGCAGCCCCACACAGAAUUCUACACAUUUCAAGAACCCUUUUGAAAUCGGCGACCUCUCGCAGUCCUUGUUCUCUCACAACGACUUCCGCAGAAUACCGACGGUCCCUCCGCAGCCCACCCAGGCCGUCGUGCCUCCGCACAUCCCGCCCAUCGAGCCCCCGGCCGACCAGCAAGGUCUCGGGCUCUCCAACGACAGUCUUCCAGUGGAAAGCACAGACACAGACUGGCAGGCCGCGUUCGGGUUCGGCACGUCCAGCAAACAAGAGGACGACCUGGGGUUUGACCCCUGGGACGAGUCGGCGAAGGCGCUGGCUGACCUGAUGGAGAAGGAGUUGAAAACGGAAGCGGGCGGCGGCAGGGACGAGUUUCCCCGCGGCAGGGACCCGCAGCACCACUCGAUGCCAAACCAUUUUCAGCAGCACUACAACAACCCGUCACAGCUGCCCCCAGCCACGUCACAGCUCCCGCCCCGCUACCAGGCCAACCAGGCUCCGCCCUUCAAUAGCAUGGCGGGCUCCAGAAUGCCCUUCAUGGGGAACUUCGCUCCCGACGCCUCGGCGCAGAACAACGCGCCAUGGAUGCAGUACCCACAACCCGGCCUGCCGGGAUUCAACCCCGGGUUUUUCGAUAACUUUGGGAACGUUAACGGACCCACGCUGGUUAGACCGCCCGGUUUUGGACUGUCCCGGGACAAUGCUUCGAUGAACUCGGACAUUGACAUGAAAGACUGGCAGGAGGGAUUGAGAUCGUUGCUGCCGAACAUAAACAUCCAUUUCGGGCCGCCCAUGCCGCCGCCACACGGUAGCAACUCCCCCCCUCCACUACCCCCCCACCAACCACAGCACAACCUCCCCCCCUCACACAAAUGGCCUCCGUCACAGUUGCAACGGCAGCCCCCUCCCCCACAACAACAACAACCCCCACAACAACAACAACAACAGUCUGUUACGCAGCAGCCGCCGUUCUGGUUACCUGACCCAGCCAUCAUCACUUGCACGCCCACCAACCCCUCCAACUCCGUAGAAAACAGCACCGGCUUGUCAGAAAGUCCGCCACACUGGAUGAAAUCCCUCCAAGCGCUCACGGAAAUGGAUUCUCCAACAACCCCACACACACCCUUCAUGGCACAACAACAACAACAACAGCAGCAGCAGCAGCAACAGCAGCAGCCACAUUUCCCUUCAGAGGCCCCACAUGGCCAACACAAGCCCCCGCCAGGAUUUCAGCCACAGAACAGACCACCAGCCAAGCCAACAGAAGUUCCACAGACAAGCUCUUUGGACUCACACUAACAGUCGCCGUCCUCAAACACACACCAUUCUUCCUACAUCUGCAUGAUUUUCAGUUUUGGCUACAUUUGGAAUGAACUGUACGCGAACCAGAGGAAGAUACGACAAGCUUCGUCUGCAUGAUCACCACAUUUUGCUGCCUACGAGACCUGCAUGUUGUGCCAGGCUAUGUUCCUUGUGCUGCGGACAAGAAGGAUCUGUGAACUGUUGUGGAAAAGUGUGACAGAGAGCGAGAGAGAGACAGAGAGAGUAAGACUUUUCAGCCAGUUUGUGGAUGAAAAACAUGUAACCUAUCCAACCCAAGGACUGGGCGAAACUUCUUCCCCACUGCUGCUUCUGUGUAAUGUGGAAAAAAAAACAGCAACAGAAGAAAUAGUUGUUACAAAAAAGUUGGGACUCUUCUUCUUUCAGGUCUGUAUGUGUAGUGCAUUUCCUCUGUGUUCUGCUAGGGGCAGCAACAUUCAUUAACUGUGCAUCUCUGUGAAAGUGGUUGGGUAGAUUUCUGUAAAGCAUGAUUUCAACAUAUUGUAAGCUUGUACCUCUACACCAAUAUGCCUUCUCUACAUCCUCUGUCCCCAAGAAAGGAAGAAGAAAAUAUGCUUGAUUUCUUCCCUGCAAGGAACAGUCUUUAAGUCUGAACAAAACAAGUAACCUACAUGUAGGUUCCACCAACAAUGUACUGUGGUCAUCUAUAAAUUCUAAAUCUUUGCUUUCUGAAGAUUAUUAUGAGCAAGCUACAGCUACAUAGCUCAUUUGGAGAGAUUGUACUUCCACCCCAUGCUUCAUUUUCUUUUGUGUAUUCAAUAUUUCUUAUGAAUUUGAUACAGAGAAGCCAUACUGGUGUUGCAAGGUGCAAGUUCGGUCGUGAAAAACACAGGGUACUCUUGCUUGGCUCAAACGUUACUGUACACUAUGCAAAUGCCCUGUACCUUGUCAUAAAACACAACUUCCGAGACAAACAAAUGUAUGGUGUUUAUUGUGAGUGGAGUUUGGAGGUUUUAGACAAAGCAGGUAUCAGCAAAACAAUGAAUUGACUGGGACUAAAGUGAUAUGUAUUGGACAGAUACAAAUUCUGCUAUCUGUUUCUUGGAAAGGUAUGGUAUGUAGAAAUAUGAUCUGGGAAGAAAAGACAGGAAAGCAAAAAAUCUCAAUGUCAACGAUCUAUUGUCACAAUGGAGUGAAUUGUUCUGUGCCCAUACAGUAAGUAUAGGUCAUUGAACAGAAAGUUUGUUACAUUUGAAAGGUGAUAUGGACAGUAUCCAUACGUUUCUAAAUGCAACUUUAAAAGUGGUGGGACUGUAAUGAAAAAUGUUUGUGAAUUUGUCAGUAAAAUUUGCCAGUGACUUCUCUGUGGGUACUUCAGAGCAAACCAGACAUAUGAUCCUCGAAUAAGAAUAUGCCCAACUCCACUUGCAGUAAAUAUCUAAAUACGUUUGCUUAUCUUCAGUGCAGUGAUGGUAUAAAGUCAUGUAUUGUUUUAACAUAAUCUGAAACAUCGACACACUAUAAUGUUGUACUCGUUGGUCCUUUUGCAGAAAUUUUUGGUGUCUGAAACUUUGUUUUAAAAGUUGCAUCUGAAAAGUGCUGUCUGGAAAUUUUCCUUCAUUCUUCGUCAAGAACUCAGUGUACCUUCCCCUUUCUUAAGGAGUGCAAUGGAUUUUAUAACAUCAUGAUUCUUUAAUUUCAAAUUCAAGCAACAUGUAUAUGUUUCCUGGAGAGAGAGCAUAAGUGUGUUGUCAUGGCAGCAUUGUUUGGCCAAUCAGAGUCCAGUUUGACCUUGGUUGCCAUAACAACAUGUUCUGACCAAUCAAAUUACAAUCUGAAGAUCACCUGACAAGUUGCCAUGGCAACAUAAGGAAUACAUUGCACAACAAGUGGACACACAAAGUUGUAGGUUGGAAGUCUUUAUUCCAUUCAAAUGAAGGACAGUCCCUGACUGUAUAUGUUGAACUGUAGCUGUGGCUUCGAUAUUGAUAUGAAAAGUAGCUUCUGUUUAGGUACUAACAAACUACAGCCUAUUAUGCUUAUUUAUUUUCUACUUUUGUAGUAUAUGUAAUCACUAUGAUCGUGACAGUCAAUGUGAAAUGUAGCAUUAUGCAGAUCAUUGCAAUGUGCACUCAAUUCAAGGACCACAAGUAAUGGUUAAUUGUUGAUGCAAUUCCUCUUAUGUCCUGGGUAUGAGGAACUUUUCUACAAAACUAAGAAUAUCGCCAUUUCACAUGUAGUCAAAGGUCUGAGUUUUGAGUGCACACUGUAUGAUAAAGACUAUGAGUUCUCAGCAAGCAAGGGCACACGUACACGUGUUGGAAAACCCAACAUUUUUCAUGAUAGUAGUGAGCAUCUCUUCUUUACUAGAUCCAAUGUAGUAACCUACCACUCGCAUGUGGUGUGCAGAAAAGAGAAACAACACUUGCUUCGUAGUCAAUGUUAGUAUGGACAACAGG